AAUAUUUAACACACACACACACACACAAAAAAAAAAAAAAAAAAAAAUCAAUUGAGUUCAAUUCUCCACCCUCUCCUCCAGUUCUAGGGCUCCCUCCAACUCCACUCUCACCUUUCUUCUUCUUCUUCUUCUUCUUCUAUUUGUGUGCUGUCCUAAUUCUUCACAAUACCCAUUCUUUUCCAUUUCUUCUCCUUUUUCACCUUCUUGUUGAAGCAUCAAAAUCUAAAAUUCCAGGCCCUGUUUCGGCUCUGGAUUCGGAUUACCAAUGGUGAAGACUUCCAAGUCCAUCCAGGAACGCUUCGAAGACGACGCCAACGAAGAAUUGGGAGUGAAGAUUGAGGGGAAGAGUGGGGAGAACAAGGCGAGUGGUCAUCGGUCUAAACACUCCGAGACUGAGCAGCGAAGGAGGAGUAAAAUUAAUGAAAGGAUCUUGGUGACAUUCUCACGUUUUUGUGAAAUAUUGUGUUCUGAUGGGGGCAGAUUUCAGAUUUUGAGAGACCUCAUACCUCAGAAUGAUCAAAAAAGAGAUAAGGCUUCAUUCUUGUUAGAGGUAAUUGAGUACAUUCAAUUUUUACAAGAGAAGUUAAAUAUGUACGAAGGGUCAUGCCAAGGAUGGAGUUCAGAGCCUUCAAAAUUGAUGCCAUGGUUAGAAAGGUGGUUUAAUCAUGCUUUUCAUAAUUAUAGAGCUGCUGAUAACUAUGUUGAUCAUUCUCAAGUGGUAAAGCGGGGUUCCAAUCAUGAGAGUGCUGUCAAUUUCUCCCAAGCAAUUGUAACAAAUGUGCCGAAUGUGAUGGAUGCUGACUUGGGUCCUGCUGCAGUAUUGAAUGCAGUGGAUCAUACACUUGUCUCUGCUACGCAAGGACUCCCCAUGAGCAUGCAUACACAACCAAUUGUAUUUGACCCGGUUGGAAGAAGUAGUUUAUCAACAGAAUCUUUGGACGAACCUGUGUCAGGAUCAGAGAACAUCUCUUCCAAGACCCAGACUGAAUUGUUGCAGGGUAGAACCUGUACCACCACAGGUUUUCUGAACCAUGCUGUUAGUGAUCAGGAGGAUCUAACCGUGGAAAGUGAACUGGAGAGUAUCUCAGGUGCCUAUUCCCAUGGGUUACUAAGUACCUUGACCCAGGCCCUGCAGGCUUCAGGCAUUGAUUUGUCACAGACCAACAUCUCAGUGAAAGUAGAUGUUGGAAAACGAGGAAACAGAGCGAUGUCCCUAUCAGAGGAUGAAAAAAAACAAUCUUUGAACAAUCAAGUAAUGACACAGAAUAUUCAUGGCUGCUUUAACGAGGACUCGGAACAAGCUCACAAGAAGCUUAGAACAGGGGUUUAGUGUGUUACUUUGUUCUUUAUAAAUGUGCCUCCUUUGUUCUCUUCCAUCCCUGAGUGUGAUAUUAUUUAAUUUUUUUUGUUCUUAAAUGGAUGGUGUUUUGGGGGUUAAUCUUGGCCAUUUUUUUUCCAGGUCAUGGUCUGUUAGCAACUGGGAUUUCUUUGAUUGUACAUGUCUUUCUCCUUGGUCCUAGUUGCAUGGAUAUAAGGUUAAGUUUUUUUUUUUUAAAAAAAAAAUUUGAUAUAAGGUUGAGUUAUGAUAGAAAAGCUUGGAUUUUGUUGUAAUGUCUUGUACUCUGUAAUUUUCCAGAUUAAUGAGAGCCCCAAGAAUAUUUUUAGUUGCAUGGUUAUGAGGUUAGAACAUUUCUAGUUCAUGAUGCUUUUAUUUCAGAUUGAAUAUGAACUAAAAGAGUGGAAUAUGCUUUUAUAAUGUUUUGGAAUAUGAUUAAAGAGUGGUAACUUAGCAAAAA